CGAGGACCCCUGCACUCGACUCGACUUCAAUCGAUUGAUCGAGUUCGACGCGUCGUGCGCGCUAUGAUGCGACAACCAGCUACUACGACAGCUUAUCGCCAGCACCCAACGAUCGAGUCGAUGCACACGACAACCAAGCCCACAGUCUUAGGGCCAAAGCCAUGACGUCCUCUCUCUUCAGUCUCCCCGACGAGCUCGUCUUCACGGCUCUGUCACAGUCCUUUCCCUGCCGCGACCCCCAGAUUCGAGCCCUGGCGACGCUGUUAUAUCCCCAUGCCGCCCCAUGCCGCAACCUUGUUGUCCACGGCAGCGAGGCGACCGGCAAGAGCGUCGUUACUGAGGCGGUGCUGGAGCGCAUGACCGAGGACGGCGCCGAUCUAGCCUACGCCAUUGUCAGCUCCGCCGAGUGCGUUACCGGCCGCCACCUGCUCGAGACCACCAUCGCAAAGGUCGCCACUGCCCUGCGCUGGCCAGAACCCGCAGGUCGCUGUGAAAACCUCUCGCAGCUAACGGUCGAGCUCGCCAAGAUGAUCAAAGGAGGCGGCGGUCCUGGCGUGCCCGACGAGGACGGGUCACCUGAUAUGAGCCCCGAGGGCUGGAGAUUCGUGCUCGUGUUCGACGGCAUCGACCGCCAGAGGGAAGCUCCGCCAACAAUGCUCCCAGCACUCGCCCGCCUGUCGGAAAUAAUACCAAACCUCACAACCACCUUUAUAAUGACGUGUCCCCCGCCUGGCGCGCUCAAAAUGACAAUGGUGCCGCACCUACACUUUCCGAACUACACCAAGGCCGAGUUUAUCGAGAUACUCUCCUCCUCCCCUCCGCCUCCCGUCGCCGGCCUGGACGCCGACGCCGCGGCAGAUCUUUGGCCGCGCUUUGUCGGCCCAGUUUACGAAUCCCUCGGCAGGGCUGCUGCUCGCACCCUUCCCGCCCUCCAACAGGCCUGCUUCACACUAUGGCCGCGCUUUACCGCCCCGAUUCUCGCCGAAACUCACGGACCGCGCGAGCUCACCAGGCUACUUGUUGCCGCACGUGCUCAUCUACAGGAUGAGAAGAUACUGGCACCGGGCAUCAUCGCCGCAGUACAUCAGCCGGUGCCGGCAACGGAAGCAGCAGAAGGGGCCAGCGAAGGAAGCAGCACCCUUCCCAAUGGCACCAGUAACGGGGACAUUGACAAGCCGUCUGAGAAUGAUAGCACUGCUUCUGCGCCAACGCCGACGGCAGCGCCGGAGAGGAGGGUCUCGGUCAGGGGCACUACCGCCGCCCCAGAGCAACCGACGGCGGCGACAGACCUCUCCAGUCUGCUCCCGACUACUGCGCGUCUGCUCUUGGUAUCGGCAUAUUUGGCCUCGCACAACGCAACCAAGCACGACCUAACCCUCUUCUCAACCCAUUACCACGGCCGGCGUCGGCGGCGCGGCGGCCUCUCGGGCGGCACCGGCGGGCCCCGGAGCAAGCACCGCAAGAUUGCCCGCAGGCUGCUUGGAGCCCAUGCCUUCGUCUUCGAGCGUAUGCUGGCCAUCUUCGUCGCCUUGCGCAAUGAGUGGGCGGCGGGCACCAACCGAGACAUUGACUAUCACACCAAAGGUGCCGGAAGCACAGUGGACGGCGACGUUGCAAUGGCCGUUGCCACCCUGUCUAGCCUGCGCCUGCUCGCGCGUGUAGGCGGAGGUGAUGCAACAGAUCACGGCGGCAGGUGGAGGGCUAAUGUUGGCUGGGACGUUAUCCGUCCUCUAGGUCGGAGUAUGGGCAUUGAGGUGGAGGACUGGUUAAUAGACUAAAGAGGGGUGUAGGGUAGCUAUGACAUUUGUUCCGAAAUGUGCUUUACUUGACCACGUAGGGUCGUAGCCCGAGUCCUUCCGCGACACCUGUAAGUAUUCAAGGCUGACCUCACACUCUGGAGGUCUUUGGUGUCAUGAGACCACUCGGCGCGUCGGACGCGGGGAUCCCGUGAAGAUGGACUCUUCUGGUACACAGCAACGAACGAGUGUGCGAGCAUCGCCACCAGCGAAUUUUCAUUCAGACAACUGUGGCAGCCUUUCAUGUUUUG